AAUUUAAAAAAAAAGUUUUUCAAAAAAAAAACGAGAGGAGUAAAGAGUGUUUUUCUUGUGUAUUAUAGCUGCAUAUACAUAUAAUAAUCUAGCAUAAAUAUAAAAAAAAUAUAUAUAUAUAUAUAAGUAAAAAUAUAAAGAAGAUGUGUGGAUGGAUGAAAGAAGAAGGGGUGAGAAGUCAUCAUCAUGGAAAUUGAUGUGAAGCAAAGUAAACAGCGAAAUAAGAGACGGGAGAGAGCACAACGUAUGCAAGCUGAGCGAGAUAAAGAUGCGGAUGGGGUUGGCAUUGUCGAUGGUGAUAGUGCUGAUGAAGAUUCAAAGAAGCCCAUCAGACCACCCCAGAGACGCAAAAAAGCGAAUAUAUUUAAGGAGCCAUCUCCAAUACUUGAGGAAGAUGUUGUAGAUGGAUUUGCAAUUUUAUCAUUUAAAAGUUAUGAGGAUUUAGAGUAUGCAAUUAAAUUAGCUAAUAAACGUAACGAAAAACGAUUAUCGGCAAUAACAGAAUUGACGACUAUAAUGUUAGAAGAUAAGCUACCAAAAAUCGAUACCGGUCAGAUUAAAGAUGAACAUGGCGAUGGACGGGAUAGAGAGCGUGAAUGGAAUUAUAAGAAUAAUAAUCAUCAUAUAACACACACAACAAAUAACAUUGCAUUUAACCACGAUCCUGGUACAUCUGAUGACAGUGGACGUGCCUCUGAGCGCUUGACAACGUCAUCAGUUGCACAACGUGAUCAGGAUAGUUCGAGAGAUCGAUUGAGUGAUGCAAGCAGUCGAUGUAGUUCAGGAAAAGGAUAUAUCUGUGAUAGCGAGGGCGAUGAUGAUAAGAACCAACAGCAGCAGCAGGGUUCGACGGGGGAUGCUGCAUCUGUCAAUGCACAAAGUCCAAAAAGUGCUGCUGUAAAUUCUAACAACAACAACAAUAAUAAUAGCAAUAGUUCAAGUAACAACAACAACAAUAAUAAUAAUAAUAUUGUAAAGCCAUCGGAAUCACCGCCAGCGACGUCAACAGCAACAGCACCUAAACAGGCAUCUGAUGGUGGAUCAACGACUGCAUCAACAACAACAUCUGCUGCGGUGGUGCCGAGAAAGCCCGUCGAUUCAUUCCAAACAACGGGAGUUCCUUUAAGCAAUGGGCCAUUGGGCCUUGGCGGUAGUCUUAGUCCUGUACCAUGUCAACCAUCAAAUAGUGGCCCAGCGCCGAAUCCAAGCCCUGCCCCAGCUGCUUUACCUCCACCUAGUCUCCCAUUUGCAACGACACCACUGCAGGUCAAUAAUGAACCUCUUAGCACACAUCUAACAUCAUUACCAAAUCAUGUUGGUUCUAUACAGAAUAAUGGACAACAAACAAGCACAACAACAGCUACAAUACCGAAUGGCAAGGUACCGGCAUCAUCAACUGUAAAUAAUAAUAAUAAUAAAUUACCAACAACAUGCACCACUACAUCACUAUCAUCACCAAAUUCAAAGCAGACAAUGGUCUCAUCGCCUUCUGCAGGAUCAUCGCCGGGUGGCCAAAUGACGACGACCACGACUGUAACGAGUAAUAAUAAUAAUAACAGUAACAGUAGUAAUAAUAGUAGCAAGAAACAUUCGCCAACAAUAUCGAAUUUAUUAGCACCAGCGACUAGCACAGUUACGACUACAAGUAAUGUACAGCUGCAGCAGCAACAAGCACCGAUUACGACGAGUGUUAUGGCUAUUCCAUCUCCAGUAUCAUCGACAUCAUCAUUGUCGUCAAUAUCAAUACCAUCAAGAUUGGGCUCAUCAACGCCUCCCGUUACUCCUGCAUCGAAUGUUAAUGCCAAUUUAAUAAAUACUCCUACAUCAACGGCACAAACGCCACCGACCUCAAUGCAACCGCAGCAACAACAACAAAUACAGCAACAAACGCCGCAAAUUCAAAGUACACAGCAUCAACAGUCUCAGCCACAACAGCCACAACCACCAUCAAUACAAUCACAAUCGAUGCCCCAGCAUCCGACUAUUGAUCAAAUGACUAAUCAACAGCUUCAGUCAAUGAGUAAUGCAUCAUUAUUGCCUACAUCACUUGGAAUGCCACCUACAUUAAAUGGACCUGGAAUUCCAACAAUGAUGGGACUUGGUGGUCUCGGACCUUUAGGACAUUUAGCUGCUCCACCUUAUCGUGCAUUGUAUCCUUAUGGUUUAUACUCACCUUAUGGCAUGGCUCCUCAUCCGUAUGGUGCGAUGCCACCUACACCAAUAGCACCACCUGCAUUAUCUCCUCGAUCGUCUGAAAAUCGACGUGAUUCAUCACCAUUAGUAUUAUCGAAACCAAUUAAAUCUGUAACGCCUAAUAGCAAUUCACAACCUACAAAUAAUUUACAGUCAUCUAGCAAUAGCACAACACCGGCUGGACCAAAUUAUAUUUCAUCAUCAUCGGCAGCUACUAAUUCACCAAGAAGUUUUAGCCCAAGUAGUAGAGAAAGAGAUAAUUUUAGGCAAGUUGACAUGCGUUCAAUGAGAUCUUAUGAAAAUUCUCCUAACAUGUUAUAUUAUGGCUCUUACAGUGUAAGUAGUUUAUCAUCAAAGUCAACGACAGUGACGCCCAGUUCUUCUGUGAUAUCAUAUAAUAACACUGGGCCUUCAGGUCAACCAACAUCAGCGAAUAUGCCUCCGAUAAUGGGCAAUUCAGCAUCAUUAUUAUCACCUUAUGGUCUAUCAGGUCAAUCGCCUGUCAUUACAUCAUCUGCAGCAUCGAGUUUAUAUACUGGUUCUAGUCUAUCAUAUCCUACUAAAAUUCCUGGCUUUCCUCCACCCUCCUCGUGGCCUCCGCCACUUUCUUCUGCGUCAAAUAUGUCUUCACCAAUUAUGACGACAAUGGCUGGUCCAGGAUUAAGUGGACGCCCGACGCCUAUAACACCAACAUCUGUAGCACAACAACAACAACAGCAACAACCCUCUUUCGGUCCAUCACCUUCAUUUGCCGCACCUUUACCACCUCCAAGUGCUGUGCCAACUUCUGUCGCUUCUGUUAAUUCACAUCCGUUUUCAGCGGAAUCACUCUUAACAAAUAAACCUGACCAAGCAGACUUAUUGAGGCGAGAAUUGGAUAACAGAUUCUUAGAUAGGAGUGGACUUAAUCAACCACCAUCCGUUUCAAUACCAACAUCAUCGAUGUCACAAUCACCUGUGAGUUCUGCAAUUGCAUCGAUACCAACGUCAUCAUCAUCGAGACCGUCAGCCCAAGCUACACCACCUGGAAGUGCCAAUAACUCAAAUCCUGGUUCAAAUAGCGGAUCCGCACCGACAACUCCUACAGCUCAACAGUCUGCCUCGAAUAUCCCAUUUUUAAGACAAGAGCUACAUCAUCAUCAACAUCAGCAUACUCAUUUGCAUCAGCACCAGCAUCAACAUCAAGCAUUAUUGCCCGGUGCACCUUCAGCAUCGAUAUUUCCACCACCACUAUUUAAAGACAUUCCGAAAAUUGGUGCUGGAGAUUCGCCAUUUUAUCGAACCGCACCACUCAUGGGAAUGCCACCAUAUCCAUAUCCAUCGGGUAUUCUUCAUCCUGGUCUCAGUGGCCCAACGCAAUUUGUGCCUCCUAGUCAUUUACAAUCAUUUGUACCGAAGCAGCAAGGUCCUCCAGCCGUAGUUGAUCCAACAAAACCGAAACAAGUGAAGACGGGUCGAUGGAAUGCAAUGCAUGUGAGAAUAGCGUGGGAAAUUUAUCAUCAUCAAGCGAAACAGAAUCCUGAAAAGGCAAGUUCGGCUGCUGGUGUGAAACCUGAACAAAUGUUAAGACCGAUGUAUCCACCACCCUCAUCACCAUCUGUUCGACAACAUGAAAUGACUCAACCUCCAAGCUUUCCACAAACUGCUCCACCCUCUAUGCAAGGACGACCUUUUGAUCCUAUGACUGCUAAUUUCCUCAGUUCACCUUCAGGCUUAGGUACUUAUAUUUUUUUAUUGAACUUAGGAGUUUCACCAUUUGGACGCUAUGGAUCACCAUUUGCCUCGCCAUUUGGUGGAUUAUCACCAUAUGCAAGAGAAAUGCAGUUAGGCGGUCCUCUUGAUCCAUGGAGAAAUUCUGCUUUAAGUAGAAACAUGGGAAAUAUGGGUAAUAUGGGUUAUCCACCACCUCCACAAGCAUUAACAGCAGCCUGGCCAAUGAAACCAGAUCCAGGUCUAGAUGCAGCACGUCGUGAAGCUGAAGAGCGUGAAAGACAAAUGCGUGAAAGAGAGGAGAGAGAUAGACAGCGACGUGAACGUGAAGAAAAGGAACGGAAAGAGCGUGAACGGGAAGAGAAGCUUAGGAAAGAGCAACAAGAACGUGAGCAGCGUGAAAGGGAGCGUGAGCGAAAAGAAAAGGAGAGACGAGAGAUGGAACGUCGUGAAAUGGAACGAGAACGAAUGCUUCAACAACAAAGACUUAAUGAUAGUGCAAAAUUAGUCAGGGAUAGAUCACCAUUGAGGAAUGGCGAUAGUGAUAUUCGGAUAAAAGAAGAGCCACGAAAAGAUGAAGCUGAGAUGUUAAUGAGAACAGAUCCUCGCUAUCAAAUGGCUGCAUGGCAAAUGGCUAGUCGAAAUCCAACACAUAUGCUACCUCCACCUCAUUUAACACGUGGUGGAAUGAUUGGACCGCCUGGAUCAUUUGUUGGAUUACCAUCACAUUACCCGCCUACUCCUGGCUGGCCCCCGGGACUAGAUCCGUACCGAGAUCCAUAUCGAUUAAUGGAUCCAAUGCUUAGAUCAUAUCCAAUGAAUCCAAUGCUCGAUGCAAUGCGUGCUGAAGAGGCGAAAGCUUAUGCACAAGCAACAGCAUUAUAUCGAGGCAAAGAUCCUAGUCCCGUGCCACAACAAGGACAUCCACCGACUGUGCCAUCACCUCAUCAUAGACUACCGCCUAAUGGUCCAAUGAAACCACCAUCUGUUGGUCCAUUACCCAUAACCGCGAAUGAUAUGCACAAAAAGGAAGACGCACCACGAUGAUAAAAGCUUUAAAUGAAAUUUUAUUUUGUAAAAAUCAGAAGGAGGAAAAAUCAAAUUUACAUUUUUACAUUAUACACCUUAACACACACACACACACAAACAUUUAUAUACAUACACAAACACAUGUUUGAUAAGCGAUGAUGCAGAAAAUAAAAACUCAAAAUGAAUCUCAGUAGAUAACAAUUUUUUGUGAAAUAAAUAAAAAAACUGUAUUUUAGGCUGAAAAGUACACAAAAAAGAUGAAUAUUUAAAAAAAAGAGUAUGAAAAUUUUUUAUUGCAUUUGAGACGAAAAAUAAAAAUAAUUGAAAAUUCUUAAACUCGCGAGGACGUAGCAGAAGAAAAUUCAAAUCAAAGUAUUUAUUUAAAAUAAUUUUUUUUUCUGAGGGGUAAAAAAUGGAACCACAGCCAUUUUUCUUAAUCGUAAUGAAAAAAAAGUUUUGUACAUUAAAUUAUUCAACAAAAAACAAACAUGCAAGCUAAUUGUAAAUUAUUUUAAAAUUUUUUCUUUUCAUUCGUUUCGUGAAAGAAAAGGAAAGGAUAAAGAAGUUUUGGGAAACUUUCGUGAUUUCUCAUGGAAGUCGAGGUCCUUGUGGGAAUUUUGUCAGAUUUUUUGGCUUGAAGAUUUUGGAUAUUUUCAAUGAUUUUGAUGGAAUUUUGAUAGCUUUUCAUGAAAAUUAGGUUUACUGAGGCCUACUUACAUGGUCUACUUAACUCAUUACUAGAAUUUGGUAGAGUCAGGGGUGCAUUUAUAUUGAACAAGUUCAAAAGAUAAUUAAAAACAAGGUUGCGAAACUGAUAAAUUACAUUUUGAUCUUUUUUGAUCAUUUUUGAUUAAUUUACAUCAUUUCAUCAGUUGCGCACCCUUGAUUAAAAUCAUAGCAAACUGAUGAAACUGUUGAUAGAGGUGUCAACCUUAUCUUAGCCCCCUCUGUAAACAUCCCUUGAAGUUUUUAUUCUUGACUAGCAUAGUUUGACUUAUAAAGUUUUACAAAACACUAGUUCAAAUUUUUUUAAAUACUUUGGAUGGUUAAAAACUUAAGACCCACCCAAAAAAGCUAUAAACCUACCCCAAAAAUUAAUUUCGGUCGAAAAAUUUCUGACAAAAUCCCCGCAAAGACAUGAAAUUG